GCCUUUUUUGUGUGUAGUAUAUGUUUGCGUGGUAUUUUUGGCAAAGUCGACUAACAAGUCAUCUAACAAAUGAGUCUGGUUAUGCAGUCAUUGAAAUUUCAAUCGUUGUUUGAAGAUUCGAUCUAAGUAACAAUGGUCAAAAAAGAAUGCGAGGUUAAUAUAAUUCUAGUAUAAAUACAUGAGAAACUAAAAUAACUAGUUUGAUAUUCAAUCUUGGAGAGACAUAAAUUAUGUUUCCAGGUAUGAUUCGCUGUGCUUCCAUGUAUUACAUCUAAUAAUUUUCAAACGAACCGUACAAAUAUCAUUUAUUGCCUAAUCUAUUAUAUGAAUCCAAGCUUUGUCUUUCUGAAAGAUAAGACUACAGACAACUGUCAGAAUUUCAAUCCAUGAACCCAUCAACAAACUUAAAUGAUGAAAAUAAAGCUGAUAUUCAACAUUCUAAAUAUCAGGAAUUAUGCAUAAAACGUUCAGAUUAUCUAAAGCUUAUUGAAAAAAAUAUUACUGAAGAAGAUAGGAUGCCAUACAAUAAAGCAUUAAUAAAUUGUUCCUACUUAGACAUUAACUCUCUACAAAGAAUUUCAACAAAUGACAAAAAUCUUCAAAAUUCAUUACCAGAAGAAUUUAUAAUAUGCCUUAAAGUUUUCAAAGUAUAUUAUUAAAUUAUUUUUGUGAAAAUUCUCUGCAUACUAUCAUUAAUAAUGCUAACACUGCUAUCACCAAAGAAUUAAUCUAUGAGAUUAGUGAAAAUUUAUUGGACAACUGUUAUCCAAUGUGCAAAUUUUUAGGACUAUAUAAAUUUCCUUUUUCUAUUUUCAAUAAUGGUUGCUUGAUAAAUAUUCUACAUAACAGUAAAAUAUAUCUUUGGCUUGAUCAUUGGCUUUUUCAGUUAAAUUUACCAUUUGAUAUAAGAGCGAACAAUCCUAUAUACCAUCGGGAUUCAUCACGUGAAUAUAAUUUAAACGAUGAAAACGAUAGUCAACUUUUACUGAAUUUAGAACCGGCCGUUUACUUCUUUGAAAGCAUUUUAUUUCUCAGAAAUUACCAGUCGGAUAAAUCAAGUUAUUUUGUUGGCUUAAGUAUAUCCAAUGAAGCAUCUGAAGAGCAUCCUCGAAAACAAAUUGAAAUACUAGUCUAUGAAUAUAAAUUUUCUCAACAAAAUGCAUCUCAAAAUCCUCCGGCUAUUUUUAGAGAACUAUAUACGAAAUAUUCACUUAGUGUCUUAUGUUUUAAUGAUGCUUACAUACAAGGUCCUAUCCUUCCGGUGUAUACGUUCGAAAUUUCUCCCGACAGUCGUUUAUAUCUGAUUGCUCAGUGGUCGGAAAAUCUUAUAUAUAGUUAUCCCACAGAUAUUCCCAUUACAACAAACAAAAUGGAACCUUAUUUACUCUGUCUGAACAUCAACAAUUCAUCAGUCAAUUAUUCAACCACUUCAGUACCUAGUCUCUUAUGGUAUAGCAAAUUACCAGAAUGGAUUGAAUACACCGUAAACUGUACAUGUUUAAGUAUUGAUAAUUCUAUUGUUAAUAUAUUCCUUCCAUAUAAUUCUGACCUAAAUUCCAUUCAUCAUUUUAAGAUUCAUAAGAAGGAUGACAAAACAUCCCAAAUAUUGAACAAACUACAAUCAUUUCACAAUCCAUUUUCAAAUGAAUCAAGAGUAAACUGGAUUAAAUUUGUUCGAACAAGUAAUAUAAAUCUUUUGAUGUUAUUUCAGAAUCUUAGUAAUGGUGGCCUAAGACUAAUUCUAUACAAUACUCAACCGGGGGGUAUUGAAGGUAGUGAAAAUACACCGCCAGUUUAUGCCUUUACAAUGAGAUUUCCGGAAUACUCAUCUAACGUAUUAAACAAUAUUUUAGUUGAUUUUUAUGGACGAUGGUUUCUUUGCAUUGAUGAAAAUUCAUAUGGAUUUCUUUAUUCUUUUGAAAUUGAUUGGCUUAAAGACACUCAUGCUGCUUGCUCAAAUCACUCAUCCGAGGAAUGUUCAUUCAUUAAUUCAAUAUUGAACUUCCUUGUUGAUUUAUUUUCGUCGACAUUAAAAAAAACUAAACUCAGUAUACUUAAUAAAAGUAUUCAAAGUCUAUUUUCUAAUCAGAAACCUUCCAUGAAAAAUAUUGGUACGAACGUUACCGAGGAGAGUUUACAUCAGAAAACACUCCCAAUCAGUCACCAUACAGUAUUAUUAACAUUAUAUGAUCACUGGCUAAGUAUGGAACAAAAAGCUAUGCAAAACAACCGUUUUUGUAUCACACGACGAGAGUUGUAUAAACGAAUUGCGUUUACUUUAGGUAAAUGGAUAAGACUGUAUGAAAAUCCUGAGUUACAAAUAUCUGGCACUUCUGUAUGUGGAUCAGAUUCAGGUUAUGCUGCUAGUGAGUCUAUUGCAACAGAUGUAAACAAUGAUGCUUCCAGUUUGGCACAUUCUAAUGAUAUUGAUUUGUUGGAUGUAUCAACAAAAGGUCUACUUGAAGGUAUUCCACGUCUAACAGAUAGAUGUGAUUGUUAUUUUGGUAGACAUGGAAUAGCAGAUCAUGAAUUCUCUGAACUGAACAGUGUUGCUUCGUUACCAAAUGGAUUGAUUGCAGUAGCGGAUGGAAAUGGAGAGAAAAUAAAAUUUUUUACGCCAUUUGGACAAUAUUUGUAUUCAUGGGAUAUCAAGACGACAAGAGCACGCAAUGCUUUUCCAACAUACAUUGCAGUUUAUCAUAAUACGAAGAAUGCUGAUCAAAAACAGUACCAAACAAUUCAGAAACCGUUUGAAUUACAUCAAACUACCAGUGAUAAUAAUAAUAAUAAUCUACGUAGCAAGAUGAAUGAUAAUUUGGAUUUCAGCCCAGCUAAUGUAGAAUGGAAUACCACUGAUGAACUGAAUUCAGGCUUAGUUGUCGUUUUAAGAAAACCAACGCCAGGGAUACAAAUAUAUUCACUUACAGGUGUCUAUCUCAGAGAAUUUGGUAUAGAUUUGAUAUCGCCGAGAUGCGUCAUCACGGACUGUGAUGGACGAAUCAUAAUUGUUGAAAGUCAUAUAAUGAGAGUGAGCAUAUACACUUGGACUGGAGAUUUGUUAACUCGGUUUUACAUUUUACUGGCAUUUCCACUAUCCGUUGCUGUGGACUCCAUGCACCGCAUUUAUAUUGCAGACAAUCUAAGUCAUUGUAUUGCAGUUUACAAUUAUGCUGGUGAAUCAUUAGGCUCAAUAGGCGCUUGUGGACUGACAAAUUUUCCAGUAGGUGCUAUAAUACUUUCCAAUCCAACAUCGAAUGAAGAACAAAGUCAGGAACUGUUGGUUGUGGUUGACAACCAUAACAAUUUGAACAUCACUGUAUUCAAUACGGAUGGUCAUUUGAUCUACGCAAUGCAUAGCAAUAUUCAACAUACACGAAUCUGCUCAAUAACUGUAGAUAAUCAAACACUUUUAAACUGCAUGUCACCAAAUUGUUGUAACAUUUUACCAAUGAUAAAAAAUGACAAGCAGAUAAAUCAAACUCAUUCACAUAUAAUGUCUACUAAUAAUAGUUUACAAUUAACCACAAGUUAUUCAGUUAUCAUUGCCAGUAAAGAUUAUCGUAUUUAUAGGUAUUUUUUACCUUCAGAUAUUUUCAUAUAAGAACAAUUAUUAACGAUAUAUGCAGACACAUUGAUAAUAGUUGUGAAAUUCUUUUUUUUCGUUAAAAAAGGGAACCUAGUAAUAUCAAUUACACCGUCUGUCUGAUCAUGAUACACAUAUUUUGUUAACUUACUCAGAGAUAUUUCUACAAGAUGAAGCUAAAAUUAGAGUUUUCUCAGCAUAUUCAAGUGCAUUUAUCGAUUGUUAAAACAAUAAACGUUUUGUGAAAUAUUUUUCAUUU